AUGGAGAGGGAAAUGGAGGCAGCCGCCGCCGCCUCCGUGGAAGUGGACGCCGAAGACGGCGGAGAUAGCGGUGAAGAGGCGACACAAGCGGUGGCGGUUGGCGGAGUCGAAAGUCAUAGAAAAUCGGGUCGAGACAGAGUGAAGGGGCCUUGGUCUCCGGAAGAAGACGCGAUACUUAGUCGGCUAGUGAGUAAGUUCGGCGCGAGGAAUUGGAGCUUGAUAGCCCGAGGAAUCGAUGGACGAUCCGGCAAGUCUUGCCGCCUCCGAUGGGGUAAUCAGCUCGACCCCUCCGUUAAGCGCAAGCCCUUUACUGAUGAGGAGGAUCAGAUGAUAAUUGCAGCUCAUGCAUUCCACGGAAACAAAUGGGCUGCAAUUGCGAGGCUUCUACCAGGGAGGACAGAUAACGCCGUAAAAAAAAACAUUGGAAUUCCACGCUAA